AGCCCCGCCCCCCCGGCCUCUGUACCGUCCAAUGGGAACGCUUCGCUCUCUCCGGAGCAGCUCCAGAGAUGGAUCCAAUCGGUGUCCAAGGACCAGGAGCUGGAGGCGGUGGUCCUCUCCAGGCCGGCUGCGGGGGGGCUGGGCUUCAGCGUGGCGGCGCUGCGGUCCGACGGCGCCCCCAGAGGCCUGUUCAUCAAACACAUCCAGCCCGGAGGCCACGCCCACAGGGACGGGCGACUGAGGGAGAUGGACCGGAUCCUGGUGAUCAACGGGAGCCCCCUGGACCCGGCCCUGGACCAGGGGCGGGCCCUCGCCCUUCUCCAGCAGGCCACGCCCACUGUGGAGCUGCUGGUGGCCAGGCCCCGCCCACUUCACGCAUCACCGCCUCAGGCCACGCCCAAGUGGGGCCAUGAGGAGGAGGUGCAGCUGGUCAACGAUGGUUCUGGUCUGGGCUUCGGGAUCGUGGGCGGGAGUGGCGGCGUGGUGGUGAGGACGCUGGUCCCCAACAGCGCCGCCCACAAGGACGGGCGGCUGCGGACCGGUGACCACAUCCUGCGCAUCGGGGCCACGCCCACCGCCGGGCUGAGCAGCGACCAGGUGGUGCGCGUGCUGCAGGGGUGCGGCAGCACCGUCACCAUGGUGAUCGCCCGGGACCCCCGCUCCCCGGGCCACGCCCCCACACCGGCCCCUCUACCGCCUAGCUCCGCCCCCGUCUCCGCCCCUCCGGCCGACCCCCCCGCCCUCCCCAGGCGCAGAGUCAGCAAAACGCCUAACCUGGAGGGCUACGAGGUUCACAACGUGUGCCUGAGCCGUCAGGAGGACCAGAGCCUGGGGAUCAGCAUCAUCGGGUACAACUCCCUCAGCAGCCAGGACGCGGUGGGGGUGUUUGUGAAGCAUGUGGUCCCUGGCAGCGCGGCAGACCAGAACGGGAACAUCAGAGUCCACGACCGGCUCAUCGCGCUGGACGGAGUGAGUCUUCAGGGCUUCACCAACCAGGAGGUGCUGGAGGUGAUGAAGGAGGCGCAGCAGGAGGUACAGCUCAGCCUGGUCCGCAAGACCAGGACCCUGGAGAGGUCCCUCGACCAGGUCUCUCUGAGGAGGUCUCUGGAGGUCCGAGCGCAGACCUCAGACCUCAGGACCUCCGUCACCAAGGCAACCUCUGGUUCGACCCCUGACCCUUCAAACAACGACAGGACCCCGAGAGACGAUGAGCUGUCAUCAGAACAGGAUGUGAAGUCCAAAUGGGAACAAGCCCUGGGACCCCAGUACCAUGUCAUGAUUGUAGAUUUGGAUCCGGUUAUUGAAGAUGACGCAGAACUUCAGAAGUACUCCAAGCUGCUCCCCGUCCACACGGUCCGUCUCGGGGUGGAGCUGGACUCCUUCGACGGCCACCACUACGUCUCCUCGGUGGCCCCCGGGGGCCCGCUGGAGGGACACGGCCUGGUGCGGCCAGAGGACGAGCUGCUGGAGGUCAACGGAGUCCAGCUCUAUGGAAAGUCUCGGAGGGAGGCGGUGGCCUUCCUCAGGGAGGUCCCUCCCCCCUUCCGCCUGGUCUGCUGCCGACACCAGGACCUGGACCUGGACCAGGACCUGGACCAGGACCAGGACCUGGACCAGGACCUGGACCAGGACCUGGACCAUCAACAACCAGGAGCAUGGAGAGCCACUCCUAAUGUGGACGAGAUUGAACUGAAGUUGUCGUCCUUACUUUCCAGUAAUACGGAUUUGAAAGACAAGCAGCAGGAACGCCGGGGCCUCCCUCUCAGCAGGAGACCCCCGGAGGAAGAGGAGGAGGAGGAGGAGGAAGAGGAGGAGGAAGAGGAGGAGGAAGAGGAGGAGGAGGAGGAGGAGGAGGAGCUGGCCCUCUGGUCUCCCACCAUCCAGAUGUUGGAGCUCCAGAAGGAGAGCGAUCGAGGCCUCGGGUUCAGCCUCCUGGACUACCAGGACCCCGUGGACCCCGGCUCCUGUGUGAUGGUGAUCCGCUCGCUGGUCGCCGGCGGGGCGGCCGAGAGUCACGGAGGGUUGUUGCCAGGUGACCAGCUGGUGUCGGUGAACCAGACCGGUCUGGUCCGGCUGAGUCUGGCCCAGGCCGUGGAGGUCCUGAAGGCGGCCCCGUCCGGCCCCGUCCGCCUGGGGGUCCGCAAGCCGCUCGUGGCUGCAGAAGCAGAAGCCUUCCAGAUGCCAUCCGAGAAGCCGACAGACCAUCCCAAUCUGGACAGACUGCCUGUUCCCAAGGGGUUCGGUGACGGCUCCAUCCUCCCUGAGGACCUGAGGGAGGCCGCGCCCCAGGAGGAGCUGACCCCCCCUUGCCCCGCCCCCCCCCCUCGUGACCUCUGACUCCGGGGAGAGGAGGGGCCGGAGAUGACCGUGGACGAGGUGGCCCCGCCCCCUCACUACGCCAGCCUAUCGGCUGCUCAGUGUUGGGAUGAGGAAGAGGAGCGACAGGACAUGAAGAAUCAGGAGGAAGAGGAGAGCCAGGCUCCAGGCUCUAGAGACAAUGAGGCCGACUCAGAGCUCACCUUGACGGACACCGACACAGAAUCCAGGAGAGAGGUCGAUGCAGGGACGAGGAAGAGGCGGGGCCGUAGAGGAACUGCUCUACCAAUCAGAGGAGGCCACGGUUACCUACCGGAGAGGGAGGAGGGGGAGGGGGAGGAGACACCAGCCUUCAGCCACUGGGACCCCCCCAGGAGGGUGGAGGUGUGGCUUGAGCCCGGCCAAUCCCUUGGCAUCAGUAUCGUGGGCGGGCGUCAUGUGAUCAAGCGUCUCCGUAAUGGGGAGGAGCUUAAAGGCAUCUUCAUCAAAGAGGUCCUCCCCCACAGUCCGGCCGGCCACACCACCCUGAAGACUGGAGACAAGAUCCUGGAGGUGUGUGGGGUGGACCUGCAGGCCUCCAGCCACCAGGAGGCGGUGGCGGCCAUCAAGGCAGCGGAGAACCCGGUAGUGUUCACCGUGCAGAGCCUGAGCAACACACCAAGGAAAGCAGCAGUAGCCCCGCCCACUUCCAGACUGCCCCCUCCCUACCGCCCUCCCAGCCAAUCAGAAGGCCGGACGGACCCACCCAGCCAAUCAGAAGGCCGGACGGACCCAGCGCCGCUGCAGACCGAAGGGCCGGUGGCCUGGUCUCUGUGGCCCCAGGCCUCCAGGUCUCUGUGGCCCCAGGCCUCCAGGUCUCUGUGCCCCCAGGCCCCAGGCCUUUGGGCCCCAGUGUCUCCCCAGAGGGGCGUGCUGCAGCGCUACCAGGCGCUCCCGGGGGAGCUGCUGAGUGUGGAGCUGGAGAAGGAGCCCCAGGGCCUGGGCCUCAGCCUGGCCGGGGCCCGCGACCGCAGCCGGCUCAGCAUCUACGUGGUGGGGCUGACCCCCGGGGGCCCCGCCGCCCGCCACGGGGCCGUCAGGGUGGGGGACCAGCUGCUGGAGAUUAACAGCCAGGUGUUGUAUGGACGCAGUCAUCAGAAUGCCUCCGCCAUAAUCAAGAGCUCUGCCCCCAAGGUCAAACUCCUCCUACUGAGGAAUGAGGAUGCUGUCAAUCAAAUGGCUGUCACUCCCUUCCCCAACCCCCCCUCCUCCCUCAACACCAUCUCCCCCAAGGCUGAUUCUCCAGACCGUGUGUCGGCCGCUGCUCCUGACACCCAGGGCCCCCCCACCGUAGAGACCAAGGCUGUAGUUGAGCUCUCUCAGCAGAGCAUCAAGACCAGUGCCAGUACUGGUACCGGUACUGGAGCUCAUGCUGGUACUGGUAGCCAGACCAGGACCAGUAGCAGUGGUCUGAGGAGUGUGAAGGAGAACCAGAACCCCACCAGCAGCAUCAAGGUUCCAGACCCUCCUUUACCGGCUCCUCCGGUUCUGUUAGAGCUGCAGUCCUCCACAGCCUCCAGUAAAGAGGCCACAUGUUCUGUCUCCCCUCCACCCCUCACUGAACCUCCUGCUGCCUCAGACCCAGCCUGCAGACCGGUCCUGGCUGGUCAGGAGACGCUCAUCGAGAUCCACAAAGGAAGCUCCGGUCUGGGGCUCAGCGUGGUGGGAGGCCAGGACACCCAGCUGGAUGCCAUCCUGGUCCAUGAGGUGUACGAGGAGGGGGCAGCAGCCCGUGACGGUCGCCUGUGGCCUGGGGACCAGAUCCUACAGGUGAACGGUGUGGACCUGCGCGGGGUGCUCCACCAGGAGGCCAUCGCGGCGCUGCGCCGGACCCCGGGCCGCGUGCGCCUGCUGGUGCUGAGGGACCGGACCCCCCGGGACCCCCUGGACCCCCGGGACCCCCUGGACCCCCUGGUCCGGGACCCCCUGAACCUGGAGCUGCUCAGCGUGGAGCUGACCAAGAGGGCCGGCCGCGGCCUGGGCCUCAGCAUAGUGGGCAAGAGGAGUGGGCGGGGCGUGUUCAUCUCGGAGGUGGUGGUGGGCGGGGCCGCGGAGCUGGACGGUAGGCUGAUGCAGGGCGACCAGAUCCUGUCAGUCAACGGGGAGCAGGUUAGACACGCCAACCAGGAGGCCGUCGCAGCCAUGCUCAAGUGUACCAGAGGGUGUGUUCAUCUGGAGGUGGGACGUCUGAAGGCGGCAACAUGGACCCCCUCCAGACAGACGUCCCAGAGUAGCCAGAUGGAUCAAGAUGGAAGCUGCUCAAGUUUUGUGACUCCGCCCCCCCGGGCGGAAAGCCCCGCCCCCUCCCAGGUCCCUGAGGUGACCUCUGACCCUACGGCAAGCAUCACCCCCGGCAACAUCUCGUCUUCCAACAACACCGUGGGACCCCAGGAUGUCCGGACCGUCCAGAUCACGCGGGGCUCCAGGGACAGUCUGGGCGUGUCCAUCGCGGGGGGGCGGGGCAGCCCACUGGGGGACCUCCCGGUCUUCAUCGCUAUGAUCCAAGCUAACGGAGUAGCGGCUAGGAGCCAGCAGCUCAAGGUGGGGGACCGGGUGGUCAGUAUUGACGGCGUUCGUCUCGAUGGUUUUUCUCACUCUGAGGUCGUCGACCUCCUGAAGAGAGACUCUGACACACCCCUCACCCUGGAGGUGGUAGCCGACACUAACAUCGGUGCGGUGACCAGUCAGGUGGAGAAUCUGUCCAACCUACCAGCGGUCCACGCAGAGCCAGAGGCCCCGGGCCCCCUAGCCGUGGCCCUACUGAAGGGUCCCGAGGGUCUGGGCUUCAGCAUCGUGGGCGGGUUCAGCAGCCCCCACGGGGACCUGCCCAUAUACGUCAAGACCGUCUUCAGCAAGGGGGCGGCUGCCUCGGACGGCCGGCUGCGUCGGGGUGAUCAGAUCCUGAGUGUGAACGGGGAGAGCUUAGAGCGAGCGACGCACGAGCAGGCGGUCGCUCUCUUAAAGAGACAGAGCGGCACAGUGGUCCUGAGGGUCCUGUCCUAACACACACACACCACACACACACACACACACACACACACACACACACACACACACACACACACACACACACACACACAGGCGAGCCCAUGACCUGCUAUCUUACCUAGCUAGCUAGCGUAGCCUGCUAGCUAGAAUAUCCUGGAGAAAGCUACACUGCCUAGGUAGCUAGCAUAACGCGGAGCUUACUGCACUUCUUAGCUAGCUAUCGUAGCCUGCCGCUUGCUAUAAUGCGUAGCUAGCUAGCUGGAUGCAGGCUUUAGCUUUGCGUUUUGUUUCCUUUGACGUCCGAGAAGGACCUCAAACUUUUGCGCAACAUUUUCUUCAAUAAACGAAGCUUUCGCCGUUGUCCAGAAAUACCUCGCUGGUACUGUGUUUGUUUGUCAUUAUCCCCCUGUCGCACGGAAGUGACGAUUCUGUCGACCAAUCAACGGAUGACGUGUGUAGCUCCAACUUGCCGGCACACUUUCAGGCGUCUCGGAACCCCAACGGAGGAGUACUGCAAGACGAGUACGGCUCAGUCCGGGCCACGCCCACUUUUGGCGGUGGAAAUUGCGAACCGUGCCGCGCCUUGCAGACUGCACCGACCGCACCCUCGGGUGAAACGGCGCCAUUAGUGCUGCCGGUUAGCUCUUAGCAAUAAGCCAGGUAGCAGCCCUUUCUGGCUGCAUGCGUUACCAUGCCAACCAGGCGUCUCCAUGGAGAUCUACCGAUUAACGCCCAUCUCUAAAUAAACGAUUAAUAAGAGACUUAAUGCACAACGCGUCCACAAGGCUUCAGCCGUUACCAUGGGGACAAAAACGAUCAGUCACUGGCUUCAGCCGUUACCAUGGGGACGACAACGAUCAGUCAAUGGAAAAUGAAUAAUGUUGCCAAUAUUUAUGUUUUCUUUUUAUUGUUAAUAUUGAUAGCAAUAUCCUCUCUCUCUCUCUGUCUCUGUCUCUCCCUCUCUCUCUCCUGAUGAUGUCGUCUAGCGUGUCUUGCGUGUAACAGAAUAACCUCUGACCUCAGGGGGAAGGAUUGAGUCUGUGUGUCUAGCUGUGAGACAGACACCUGUUUUUCUGUCUGUCUGUCUGUUUCUUCCAUGAGCUGCUAAAACUCUGCUAGUGUUUUAUUAAAGUCUGAGAUAAGCACAAA